GUAGCGCACCACAUACCCAUCCUGUGAGCGGUAGUGGUAAAGCUUACAGAGUCACAUAAUAACCACAGAAAGUUAACCCCAAAUUCGUUCAUCUGCGCACCGCACUUUUAUUUCCGGUAAAAUACUGUAUUGCUCGCGGAAGCUAUUUUCAGCACGGUUACCUUUCACAGAAUGAAAUGGCCCGAGAUUACUUGAGAGAGAAAGAGAGAAUGAGAAUAAAUGCGUGUCUUCCUCCUAUUGUCAAUUGCAGACGCGUGUUGUAGACUGCACGUGUUACCCUAGCACAUGGCGCCGCCCGCCCUCGCUGCCACACACACGAUCACAUAAACAUUGCCCUGAUACACUAUAUCCCCCUAUAUGUAGUUAUACCUCAGCUGGAGUUGUGUUGUGAAUAAGCGAGUUAUAUGUCCAGUUGGGCGUAUAAGUGGCAGUUUGUGGGGCUGUGGCAUUAGCGUGGUGGUGGUAAGACUUAGUGACGUCAGACGUUGGCAUACAAGUUAGGACGGUUGCCCGUCGAGUCUCAGUACCUGGCCACGGGUCACACGCAGAGGGAGCUCCACGCUACCGCCCGGCCCGUCUCGCUCACUACUGGUGUCAGUGCCUCCCUAAACUUACUCUCUCUCAUAAGUGCUACUCACGUCAACAUUGAUCGAUACUGGGAUUAACGCCUUGAUACCGAUGACAUAAACAAUUAUCUGGCAUCACCCGAAUCUAUAUGGCCGAGAUCAGCUGAUGCGAACUUGUGUAAACCAGUGGACCAGCAGGCGAGUGUUGGCCUUGGACCAUCAGCAGCCAGUGCAACAGAAAAUCCAUCAUCGACCGUUGCAGAAAAGGGCCCAGCGUGGCCCCAGGAGGGACAUGAUGAGCCUCAGUAGGCCUACACCAUUUCUGCCCCCACCACAGCUGCUUCCCCACCUCCCCCUUCAGCGCCCCCUACGCCGCCUCCCUUAUCUACUCUUUAUUCUAUUCCUCUUCUUCCUCACCUCUUGCAGUAGCGGAGUAACAGGGCAGCACAAAGAUGACAAGCCGUACCCGCAGCUGGGUGCCAUCCCCGUCACCACCUUCAACUGUGUGGGUCAGGCCGCCGGGUACUAUGCUGACCCCGACACUGGCUGCCAGGUGUACCACAUGUGCGACACACUGGAGAAGCAGUACUCAUACCUGUGUCCCAACCAUACACUCUUCAACCAGAAGUUCAUGGUGUGCGACCACUGGUAUAUGGUCAACUGCUCCUCUGCCCAAGAUUUUUACCAUCUCAACCACCACAUUGGGGAAGUGGGAGGUGGGAGCACUGGAGCCAACACCAUCCAGGUGAGUGCAGUGGGAGGUAAUGAUGCCAGAGACACAUCGCCUAAGGAUACCAAGACCUCAUCUCCCCUUCCCACCUUCAAGUCAUCUUGGCCAGAAUUCCCAAAAUCUCGAGUUCCGUCCACACAGCAGACCGUGGAGACCACGAGACCCACUAUACCACCCUUCACAACACCAAGGCUCACCAGACAACCUCUUAUAAUGAAGACAACCACACCACCCUUAACCACCAAGAAACCUGUCACUUCAGGCAUUACUCAGUCCAUCACUGCCACAGGUUUUCAGUAUGACCCAAACCAACUUCAGCUUCUUCCCACCCCAUUACCCUUGACACAACCCAUCACACUGCCCACUUCCUUCACCAGCCCUCUAAAAACCAUUACUGCACUACUGCCUACUGCUGCCAAGGCUGAACUGCCCAAACCUAUAACACCACCAUACCGUGGUCUCUCGCUACCAAACAUUCAAAGUCGUAUAAAUUCACAGAUUAGUGCCCUGGAAGCAUCUGAUAAUCUAAACGGCACACAACUGGGAGAUAAUACUAGUACACGCACUGGUCCUACGAGAGAGAGAACCGACCCGCAGGUUGAGACAUCAUUUAACCAGACUCCUCGCUCUAAACCACCAUUUACUAUGAUGCCAGGAAGAGUUGCUCGAAGACCUGGAAACAAGUUUGCAUUUACUAGCAUCAGGAAUGAACAACCUCCAUUGAGUCCUAAAGGCUUUCAGGGCAUUCCCCUCAGACCACUAGUAGUGCGUCCCCCAAGCAACACACAGACCUUUCUAACCACUACACCAGAAGUCACUCGCACCUCCACUGAUCAAGUCACGCAACAUUCUACACCUGGUGUGCUUGCUGCACCUUUGACAUUUAAUAUACCACCCUUAAGAGAUUUUGAUGAAUUUAGAAUUCCCACCACCUUCUUGCAGCCGCCAUCUCUACGUUCAAUCUCUCACGACUUUGGCCCACUUCAGCCUCCUGCCCACCAAAAUACUACUUCCAUCAGACAUGUUAAUCAAGAGUUCCCAACACCUUUAUUUACUCCUGGUAGAAACAGAAAUUCACGUCUCCGUCCAUCCAAAGAGACGGUCCCAGAAGCAUUACAUAUUCAGUUCUCCUCCAGGGGUAACAGAGACUUCUUCAUACCUACAGCAGGGCUCUCUCUCCCUGCACCAGACUUGUCGCAAGUGGACCAAAACAACUUGGGCGAGACCCCAGAGCACCCGGAUGAUGAUCACCACCACCACCAUCAUGGGGAUGGUGGGUUUCAUAUGACAAUGGUGUUCCCAGCACCCCUAGAGGAAAGGAUGGCAGAGCUGCAGCUCAAACCCGAGUGCCCACGCUGCCAUCCAGUGUUUCUCAGGCCUGGGGAAUGUCAUCCUUGUGUCCUCAUAAAAUGAAAUAAGACUUUUUAUCAUCAGCUUAUAGUACAUAAUACACUGUAACAAAUAUUAUAUAAGGAUUACAAAACCAUUGCAUCAACCCAAAUCUCAUCUGUUGUGCACAAGUAAUGCUCUGCCAAUUAGACCGCCAAGUGCUACUGUAUGAUAAAAUACCAUCUCAUUUUUAUACAUUUAUGUUGGAAUCUGGACAACCCAAUGAACUUUACAUAAAACAUAACUAUCUUACUUACAAAGUAAGAUUUACUUACAAAGAGUAAGUCUUUGUGUUACUCCUGUGACCAUUAAAGUACUAUAAAUAAAAAGCAAAUAGCACCACAAUAGGCCAGUUGACCAUGCCCAAAUGACUGCUGUGAAACCAGUCUGACAACAUAGGUUAUUAGCAGCGAGUAUAAUUUGACCAAUUGGUUGUAAUCACAGCCAGCGUGACUGACAAAAGGGUUACCAGCCAUGGUCGUGUCUAGGAACAUACACCUCAUUCUCUGGGGGCUCCAAAGAGGGCCUCAUUUAAAACUCUAGAAGAGUUUGAAAGAUUUGUAUAUAAGCUCUCCUUGGGUCCUAGGAGGGGCAUGUAAAUUAAGUAUUUAGCAAAGUAAAAGAUGUAAAUACCUUUACUUUUCUUCACAAUACAAGUUGUACAUGAAGUGCUGGAUUAAUGGAAGCAAUGCAAGUGGAUCGAUGAAACAUGGAGAGAAUACUGUAUUAAUGCAUUAUUGGCAUCUUUCCUAUGAUGAAAAUGGUUGCCAUAUUUACUGUAAACAUAAAACAUAACUGUAUAUUUGUAUAAAAUAUGUAUUUUUGUUUUUAAUCACAAAAUUAAACCUGUAGUUUAGAGGUCAUAUCACCAAUUUGUUGCAAAGGUUGAAUCUGAAUACUGUAAAGCAGAAAUUUUGAAAAAGACAGGUAUAACAGAUCAAAGAUGAGGUGUACUGUAUAUUGGUUGCAUAUGCACCAUUAGUCAUUACUCUCACAUUUUGGUCAAAAGCACAAAUAGGAAACUGUGGUACCUCUUUAUACCGAGAUACCAAAUUCAGUCAUAUUUUAGCUCAUCUUCCUAGCAGAGGUUACUUUUUGCACCCAGCUUACACCAGACAGCUUAUAAAAUGUCUGUUUCUGUGAGGUUCAGGCGUUAAUGUAAUGGUUUUAUAUUACUUUGAUUUACAUACAGGUCUUGCCUCAUUAACAUUAAUUUCAAGAUGCAAUGAUCUGUUAAGGACAACUGCUUAAUUAGUAUACUGUUGUAGCACAUGUUAGUUUACAAGGACAUACAUACGGUUACCUUGUGGUGGUUCCUAUGGCAAGUCAACCAUAUGUAUUUAUUGAAAGUACUGUAAAUCAUGACAAAAUUCGGACAGUGUCGACUGUGAAACAAGGGCAUCAUCAUGUGUAUUAAUGACCCCUUGUGCAUGUAGGCUGAUAUUUGCUACACUUAUGUUUCCACUUUUGCAUUGUUUAAAUUUUACAUGGAUUUUGACUAAGGCAGUGAAAAGUUUCAUUUGGGACACUUAAUUCAAUUUUACUAAGUCUUAGGGUAACUUUCAUAAUGAAUACCAUCAAUAUGAAACCAACUUCCAUAUGUUUUUUUUUAUCAUCUAACCAUGUAUGUUAGUCCCAAAGUUUUCCUAACCAAAUAAGAUAAUUUUCAACCAUUCCAACAUGCUUGUCAAACUAAACACUGCCUUCAUGCAUAAGCUUCAGCAGAAGUAAACAAUAGCUUUCCUUAUCAUUCGAAAUAAUGUACAGUAUAUAUUAAUUUUAUUUAUCUAACCUUUCAAAAUCGAGAUUCUAUAUUUCAAUGAAAGCAUUUAGAACUGAACUGUGUAAGCGGUACGACUCUGACCUCUGUUUGGUUACCAGUGUUGUCAUUGAGCAUUUUUAGUUAGAAUUUUAUGCAUUAAGCACAAUGCAUGAUAUAAUACAGUAUUCUACACAAGAAGCAGACUACUGUAGGUGGUUAUAUAAUUAAAAGAAAUAAUUAUAAAAAGUAGAUGUGCAGGUCACAUCAUAGUUUUAGAAUACAAACAAAAAAAUUAUAUAUAUAAAAGGCUUAAAGGCACAAAGAUCUAUUGAUCUACAGAAUAUUCCCGACACCUUGACCCUCUAGUUAUUCAUGUUCCCUAACAGUUACCCCCAUGUAUGUAUAUUAUUUCCCUGACACUAACACUUUAAGCCUUCAUGUGUCAAGUCUCAACACAACGAUACAUAUACAUAAACAAACAAGAGCAUAUUUCAAUUCUUCAUGUUAGUAUUACUGAAAACAUAGAUGUUGUGUUACACAUUCAGUACUAGGAAGAAUUGUAGCAAAAGAAUAGCACCAAAUAAUGUUCAUGCCACACAGAAUGGUUUUUAGUAACUAAGUGAUUUAUUUUGUAUGGAAUGAUUAUUAAAUGUGAGCUAGCAUGUAAUAUAACAGAACAAUACAGUACGGUAGAUUGUAUACAAAACUCAUACUGCAAUUUCAAAUUUUAACAUUUUAAAAUGAGUCAGAUGAAGUUUGUACAAACUAAACAUGUCAAACAUCACUCAUUGUAUGCUUACAGUAAUAUAUUCACAUAGUUGCAAAGACAGUUAUGAAGGAGAAAUAAUUUCUAAAAGGUACUAGGUAUACUAGUACAGUAAAUAAUAUAGUAAAAGGUGCUAUAUUAGUGUGUUAUCUAGUACUGCUGGAUCGAGUGAUAACAUGUCUGGCAAAAUACUGGUUAUGUUCUACCAUUGAUAGGAUGAUUAUCAUCUGGGCCUGGAAGAAACAUGCUAAAUGUAUCAAGAUCAGCUUCAUUAUACAAUACUGUAUUUUAGUAAAAUAUAUAAUUUGUAUAAAUGAUAUAAUUCAAAAGUACUGAAUGAAAUGUUUUAAUAUUACAGUUGCUAACUUCAA